UUUUAGGACUUUAGGUAUAAAACCUUCAUACAAAUAGUAGUUUUUAAACAAGGUUUUGCAGAUUUAAUACAGGAACCAGGUUGUGGCUUGUAAAAAUUAAAAAAAAAAGACAAGUCAAGUGCUAGGUAAAAGGGGCUGGUAAAGUCAAGCAUUUAAUUGUUUAAAAUGAUGAAUGCUAUCAUAACCUGCCUUGCAGCUUGUCUGUUGCAUGUGGUGUGCAGCACACCAACUUCUUUGUCUUGGUGUUAUCACAGGCGUUCAUGCAGUUAUGUCACUUGGCCCACAAUCGCAGAAAAAUACUGUAAUGGCACUCGGCAGUCUCCAAUAAACAUCGUAACCGCUAAUGUCCAAGCUAACGCUAAUCUGACCUCUUUGAUAUUCACUGGCUACAGUGACAAAGCAGCCUUAACUGAGAUUAAAAACACUGGCAUGACAAUUCAAGUUACACUUGAUCACAAGAAAAUGCGUGUGGAAGGAGGUGAUCUGCCAGGCUUGUUUGCCAGUACAGAGUUUCAUCUUCACUGGGGUAAUGGCAGCACCACGCCUGGAUCUGAACAUAGUGUGAAUGGCAAACGAUUCCCUAUGGAGUUGCAUAUCGUGAAUAAGGCCGAACGUAAUGCUAGUGUGCCUGGUGAUUCAGCAUUGGCAGUUCUUGGCGUGUUCAUAGAGGCAUCUAAUGACACUGGGAAACCAGAGAGCUGGAAUACCUUAACAUCUUCCCUUACAAAAAUUGCCAAUGCAGGUGAUCAAGCACGUAUCUCCGAUAGCAUCUCCAUGGAUGAUUUGCUUCCUGGAGUGGAGAGGAGUAAAUAUUACCGUUAUGUUGGCUCUAUGACCACACCAAACUGCAAUGAAGGUGUGAUUUGGACCAUUUUUAAAGACCCCAUCAAAGUCAGCAGGGAUUUGAUUGACCUCUUCACAACAUCGGUCUACAUCAACAAGACUGCCAACUCUCCCCUUAUAAUCAACACGUUCAGGGGUGUUCAGCCCAUCAAUGGCAGGGUUGUGAUGUCACAGGUAGAAGGUACCAAAACUACCCGCCCUAUACAGCCAACAUCCAGUACCAAAACAACUGGUCUUCUAGGUAUCAAAACCACCAGCCUUAUAAAGCCAACAUCCCGUACCAAAACUACCGGCCUUAUAACGCCGACCGCAAGUAUCAAAACUACUAGUCUUAUAAAGCCGACAUCAGCCGCAACAAACCUAUCCCAGGCUCUUAUUUCUCCUCUUCUGAGUGUUGUACUCCUGUACUGCAUCCUACCUUUGUUGUAAAAUUUGCCCCUAAAUGCUGGGAUUAAGAAUCUUAUGGCUCUAUAUGUGAAUGUAUAAAUAUUCUAUUUAAUGUUAGAGAUCAUUUAAAAAAAAAAAAAAAAAGUGUCAGUCAUGUGAAGUGUAUUUAAUGUCAUUUUAGCUGGUUUAAUAUUGGAAAGAUUUUGUUUUUGUCUAGUUUCCUUACCCUCAGCUUGUUUCCUGCAAGAGUUACCAAACCAUAUUUGUUCCAUAUUGCGCACUGAAGGUCCUACACAUUUGGUUGUAGUGCUGGGUAUAUUUUAUAGAGGGUUAACCAUUUGAUUUACAUGCACCGUUUUGGAAGACAUUUGAGCUGCUGCUUUAGGACAAUAGUGUUGGUUGUGCAGUUUGAAGUGGAACAUUUCUAUUCAACUGAAUGUAGGCAACAUGCUGAGGGCGACGGACACGUCAUCGAUUUGUCUGCUGGUUUUAUAAACGUUAAUCUCCUUGGAAUGACUGUGUCUCAUGCUUGUUUUGAGUUCUCACCCAGGGUGGUGUGUUUGGUUGGGUGGGGUGUGUGUGGUUUUUUUUUUUUUUUUUUUUUUUUUUUUUUUUUUUUUUUGGUCAGGGUUGUAGGUUUCCACUGUAAAGGUUGGGUUUGUUUUAAUGCGUGCACACAAGGUUUGUCCUUUGCCAUUGUCUGCUGUGCCACCACGUGAAUGUUUGUCAAAACGCUUCAGGAUAGUAGGUUGAACCGGUCACAUUCAUACUUCGUGUUUUAAAUUGUGAGAGAAGAAAAAGAGUUUUGAAAAAGUUUUCAUUGAAAUCAUUAAAUGUAUCAA